ACCCCGCGCCGGACACUAAUGUCAGUUACACCCGCCGUGGGAUGGAGUUUCGUUGACAAACACUCUUCAAAGCGCGUCCGUUAUUCAAGCCGUUGCGUAUCUGGCUGUUGAGACCACAUUAUCCAGCAGCCGAGCAGCAUGACGGACACCAUCAUAAUCAGGGUGCAGUCCCCAGAUGGGAUGAAGAAAAUCGCUUCCACCAAGCGGGAGACUGCGGCUGCCUUUUUAAAGAAGGUGGCCAAAGAGUUUGGCUUCAACUCCAACCGCUUCUCCGUUUACCUGAACCGCAACAAAACGGGAGAGCUCCUCUCCCAGAACAAAAGCCUCAGCCUGCUGAAGAUCAAGCACGGCGACAUGCUCUUCUUGUUCCCGUCGGGCUCGCCGAUGUCUUCGUCCGCCGAGGUGAUGGACACGGCGUCACCGCACUCGUCCUCGUCGGCUUCCUCUUCGUCCUUCCUGUCGUCCCGCCCCCAUUCUGCGCCGCCGAGCGUGCAGGAGGACGACAUUGACCAGUUUCUGACCAAGCAAGACGGCAAGAUUUACAGGAACCGAGACACGCAGCUAUGUCGACACGGCGCCCUUGGCAAAUGCGUCCACUGCGUGCCGUUAGAGCCUUUCGACGAAGACUACCUGAACCAUCUGGACCCGCCCGUCAAGCACAUGUCAUUCCACGCGUACCUGCGUAAACUGACCGGAGGAGCCGACAAAGGCAAGUUUGCGGCCCUGGAAAACAUCAGCUGUAAGAUCAAGUCGGGCUGUGAGGGACACCCCCCUUGGCCGGAGGGCAUCUGCACCAAAUGCCAACCCAGCGCCAUCACCCUCAACAGACAGAAAUACAGACAUGUAGACAACAUCAUGUUUGAAAACCACACGAUUGCCGACCGCUUUCUGGACUUCUGGCGGAAGACGGGCAGCCAGAGGGUGGGCUACCUGUACGGCAGGUACACGGAGCACAAAGACAUUCCCUUGGGGAUCCGCGCUGAAGUGGCCGCCAUUUACGAGCCUCCGCAGUGCGCCACUCAAAACAGUCUGGAGUUGCUGGAAGACCCCAAAGCCGGCGCCGUGGACGAGAUCGCCGCCAAACUCGGCCUUCGGAAGGUGGGCUGGAUUUUCUCAGACCUGCUCUCCGAGGAUACCAGGAUAGGAACUGUUCGCUUCACAAGAAAUCAGGACUCGCACUUCCUGAGCGCCGAGGAGUGCAUCACGGCAGGGUAUUUCCAGAAUCAGCACUCCAACCCGUGCAAGCUCUCUCGGGACGGACACUUCGGCUCCAAGUUUGUGACGGUGGUGGCCACAGGCGGUCCGGACAACCAGGUGCACUUUGAGGGCUACCAGGUGUCCAAUCAGUGCAUGGCUCUGGUGAGGGACGAGUGCCUGCUGCCCUGCAAGGAUGCCCCAGAGCUAGGCUACGCUAAAGAGUCCAGUCCCGAGCAGUACGUGCCGGACGUGUUCUUCAAGGACAAAGACAAGUUUGGAAACGACGUCACCUUCCUGGCUCGGCCUCUUCCUGUGGAGUAUCUCAUCAUUGAUAUCACCACGACGUUCCCGAAGGACCCCCAGUUCACCUUCAGCUCCGCUCAGCGCUUCCCCAUCGAGAACCGAGAAAUCCUCGGAGAGACGCAAGACUUCCACAGCCUAGCCACGUAUUUGUCCCAGUGCACUUCGGCCUCCUUCCUCGACGUUGUUUCCGACUUCCAUCUGCUCCUCUUCUUGGUCACCAAUGAGAUCAUGCCUCUGAGGGACACCAUCGGACUGUUGCUGGACGCCGUCAAGACGUCGGAUGAGGAGCUCGCCGAGACCUGGAAGAAGUCUGAGCAGUGGGCCACCAUUGAACAGCUCUGUGGCACGGUCGGGGGUCAGCCAUCAGGUUCUAUGGGCUCGGACGGCACGGUCGACCCAUCAGCCUCUCCGUUGUCCUCCGCCAUGUGGUCGUGCGUGCAUUGCACCUUCAUGAACCAACCCGGUACCGAGCACUGUGAAAUGUGCAGGCUGCCCCGCAGUUAAGUUUUUGGACGCUUUGGACUGCAACGGGCAUUUCGCACCUCUUCAUCUUCAGCCAACUGGUGCUUAAAACUUAAUUAUUAUUUUUGCCGCAACACGUGAUUGCAUCGCCCCAAAGUCCACACGGACCAAGACAAAGAUUUGUUUGAUGACUCUUUUUCAACAAAAACAGCCCAUUUUUUUCUUUUUCUGCCCUUAAACGCCGCUAGAUGAAGAAUCUUACUACUCAAUGGCGCCCCCUGUGGAGCAAAGCUCUUUUGCGACGGUAACCGACACACUCGGACAAAACUUUGGGGAAACGCGGACGGGUUAUUUAUGCUUUUCAAUGAAUUCCGCCGGUGACGUGAGAACAUGAAUUUUAGGCACGAUAAGUGCGGAGACGCUUGUUGUGUUUUCGGGGGGCGGGGCGUGUGAAUCGUUUGAGUGGUUUUAGCGAAAGUCACGUCGGCGCUUGAUUUGCUGAGUUGAGCAAGUGUCGUGCAUUUGAAGUAAUAAAAAGGAACAAUUAGACA